AUGCUGAGCCUUCAACUUCGCCUCCCGCCCAUAUUCCACUGCCCUUCUCUACUCUCUACCCGCGCUCCCAAGUCUCUCUCUUGCCGCGCCGUUUCGAGAAAACCCGACCCGGAGCCCGACCCAGAGCGAGCCAAGCCAAAACCCCGCCGGAAAACCGCAUCCAGCGGAAACGGCGGCGAACAAAAAGACCAGCCGUUUAUAAUUCCGAGGAAGCCGCGCCGCGGGCGGAGGAGCGAGGCGGCGGCGGUGGAGGAUUACGUGAGGGACACACUCAACCGGACGUUCGCCACAAUCCGGAAGCAGAACCCGGAGAUUUUCGAGGCCAAGGGAGAGCUGAUGAAGGAGAAAGCCGCCGCCGUUGACGGCGGCGACGACGAGGAGGAGAGUGAGAGGGAGGAGGAGGACGAGGGGGUGGUGGAGGAGGAGACGGAGAAUUGGCCGGUGGAUGCGGAGGUGGGGUGGGGGAUUAGGGCGUCGGAGUAUUUCGAGAAACAUGGGAUUCGAAACGUGGUGGAUGAAAAUGGAGAUGAGAUUGAUUGGGAGGGAGAGGUUGAGGAUAAUUGGGUCAAGGAGAUUAACUGCUUGGAGUGGGAAAGCUUUGCUUUUCAUCCCAGUCCGCUUAUUGUGUUUGUGUUUGAGAGAUAUAACAGGGCUGCUGAGAAUUGGAAGGCUUUGAAGGAGCUUGAGAAGGCUGUCAAGGUGUAUUGGAAUGCCAAAGAUCGGCUGCCUCCGAGGUCUGUGAAGAUUGAUAUCAAUAUAGAGAGGGAUUUGGCGUAUGCUUUGAAGGUUAGAGAAUGUCCUCAGGUUUUGUUUUUGAGAGGGAACCGGAUAUUGUACCGGGAGAAAGAGAUUCGGACUGCAGAUGAAUUGGUUGCCAUGAUUGCGCAUUUUUAUUACAAUGCAAAGAGGCCGUCCUGGAUUGAUGUGAAGGAGCUAACUCUGCCGUACUAGUGGCAUUCUGGCUUCGGAAUGAUAUGCUGAUGCGACGGUGAGAGAGCAAUGGUUUACUCAGAUGUUGGCAGCAUGGAGCACUGGAGGGUAAGUUGCAUUUGCAGUGCAAAACUGGGUACGUGAAUCAUCCGGUAAAGACCUGCCUGUAUGUGUAGCAUCAUGAGACUGUACUAAUGAUCAAGAGUGCAAUGGUGCAAAGGGUUUUGAAA